AUGCUUUCGCAAGCAUUGCAUGUACGAAAGCCUUCACUCCUAAAGUCGGUAUGCCAGUUGCGAGUGUAUUCUUCGUUUCCUGUGUAUCAUGCCAAGCACGACCUGCGAAAGGUGUUUGAUAACCAAAACUAUUGGCGAGAGAUCAAUAAAGACAUUUAUAAAUACGAGGAAUCAAAGGGGAUUGGAAUAUUUGGUAAACUCGGUAAGCAUGCUACUCCUCUUCAAACCGGGCUCUUUAAGAAUCCUUUUUUGACCAGUAGCCAAGGCCUCAGAAAUUUUAGUAUGCAAUCAUUGAAAGAAGCACAACAGCUUGUAGACCAAAUGAGGCAAGAUCGCUCACAUCAAGGCCACCUAAAUUACAUUCGUAAUCUAGACCGCUUGAGUGACAUGUUAUGUCGGGUCAUAGACUUAUGUGAAUUCAUAAGGGCAUCACAUCCAGAUUCACAGUUUGUUCGAGCCGCUCAAUUGUGUCACGAGGAGAUGUUUGAAUUUAUGAACGUUCUAAACACUGAUUCAACACUAUGCGAGAUUCUUAAGCGCGUCCUCAGUGAUGAUUUGAUUGCGAGCAAACUUUCGGAGGAAGAAUUAAAAGUUGGUAAAAUCUUGCUGGAGGACUUUGAAAAGUCGGGCAUUGACAUGGCUCCAGAGGUCGGGGAACAGUUCAUAAAUCUUUCUCAGCAGAUUAGCAUUGUUGGCCAAGAGUUUAUUAGCAAUACGGAUUUUCCAAAAUCGGAAUAUGUCAAGGUUUCAUGCAAUGAACUUGAAACCAGCGGUAUUAGUCCCUUGCUACUAAACCACUUAUCACGCGAUACCAAAGGACAAAAUUACAAGGUUCCUACGUAUGGCUAUAUUGCAUUCUCCAUCCUCAGAAGUUGCCCGAGCGAGAAUAUAAGGAUGAAGGUCUGGACAGCUGUGCAUAGCUGUCCAGAAAAGCAGAUAACACGGCUAAAACACCUAGUCAAACUUAGAGGUCUACUUGCUCAGAUUAUGGGCAAAAACAGUUAUUCAGAUUACCAGUUGGAAGGCAAGAUGGCCAAAAGCCCAGUCUAUGUUCGUGGCUUUGUUGAAUCCCUCGCUGAAGCUAUUAAGCCGCUGGCCAUGCGAGAAUUACGCGCACUUGCCAACCUGAAAAGUUCACAUUUGGAUUUACCCAUUCCAAAAACUGACGAAGAAGUGUUGAAGUUUGUUAGACCAUGGGAUCGAGACUUUUACAGCACACUAAUUUCACUCCAACAGCAGCGCAAGACGUUAGAAAAUGAGCAGAUAAACUCAUACUUCUCCCUCGGAACCGUGAUGCAAGGCCUUUCGAGCCUUCUGGAAGAUAUUUACGGUAUAAGGCUUGAGCCCGCGGUAGCCAAAGUCGGAGAGACAUGGUCUCCAGAGGUACGGCGCAUAAAUGUUGUUAGCGACCAAGAAGGUGUCAUUGGCGUUGUUUACUGUGAUCUCUUCGAAAGACAAGGCAAGACAUCCAACCCAGCUCAUUUCACAGUAUGCUGUUCUCGCCAAAUUUACCCAGAGGAGACGGACUUAUCCACAAUCCAAGUGGGCCAGCAGCCCUCAUCUGGCCAAAUAUUUCAGCUUCCGGUCAUUUCCUUGGUCUGCAGCUUUUCUCAGAACUCAGGAUCAAAGAAAGAUGUAUGCUUGCUCCAGUUGAGUGAAGUUGAUACUUUGUUUCACGAAAUGGGGCAUGCCAUUCACUCAAUGCUCGGGAGAACCUCUCUUCAAAACAUAAGUGGAACGAGGUGUGCAACAGACUUUGUUGAGCUACCUAGUAUCCUGAUGGAGCAUUUUGCUCAUGAUUCCCGUGUGCUGUCUCGAAUCGGAAAGCACUACAUUACAAAUGAGCCCGUUCCGGAUGAAUUACUCCAUCUCAAUCAGAAUGAGCUCAAGUACCUUCAGAACACUGAAACUUUUUCGCAAGCUAAAAUGGCUAUGCUAGAUCAAGAGAUGCACUCUCCUAGAAUGCUCACAGAUGGCCCUGUUGACGUUGUUGAAAUAUAUCAUGAAGUUGAGAAACAAAUGGGCGUUUUAACGGAUGAUAAAAGUAAUUGGUGCGGAAGGUUUGGGCACCUUCUUGGCUAUGGCGCGUCGUACUAUAGCUACCUUUUUGAUCGAGCGAUUGCAAGUAAAGUGUGGCAGCACUUAUUCGCCAACGAUCCAUUUAGCCGCAAGAGUGGUGAAAAGUUCAAAAACAGUGUUUUAAGGUGGGGCGGCUCUAGGGACCCCUGGAACUGCAUCGCGGACGCUUUGGAUAAACAGUCGCUUUCCAAGGGUGAUGAAGAAGCAAUGAAAUUUAUUGGUAACACAGAGGACGUGUAA